AUGGUGUUGGCAGUUAUUGGUGGAGAAGAGAAGUUUAUGAUUAUUGUGAAAGAUACUUGGAGAUGGCUGCUGGAGCACUUUGCAGGUUAUACAGUUCGUAGUGCCUAUCACCUUCUAACUGCUCAGGACAGCCCUCAGGUGGAAGGUGCAAAGGCUCUAGUUUGGCAUAAACAUGUUUCACUCAAAGUCUCAAUUUUUGCAUGGAGGUUGUUACAAAAUCGGUUGCCUACAAGGAUGAACUUAGUGCGUCGCGAUAUUCUUUCUGACACCGCAGCUGGUUGUUUGUUAGGGUGUUGUGCCAACAAGACUUAUCAGCAUUUAUUCAUUUCUUGCGAUUUUUAUGGCAUUCUGUGGCAGAAGGUACGGUCUUGGCUUGGUGUCUCAGGUCCAAACCCUUUUACUGUUUCAGAUCACUUCUUUCAGUUUACUCAUUUAGCAGGUGGCGUGCGAGCAAGGCGCUCUUUUAUGCAUCUUGUUUGGUUGCUUUGUACGUGGAUCAUUUGGAAUGACCGUAAUCAAAGGUUGUUCAACAAUUUAGGUAGUUCCAUUGAUCAAUUGUUGGAUAAAGUAAAGCGGUACUCACUUUGGUGGCUAAAAGCUAGUAAUGUCAUUUUUGUCUAUGGUUUUCAAUUGUGGUGGUCAAAUCCUAUGGCUUGUUUGGGAAUUGAUUAA